AUGUCGGAAUCCACAACGUUUGACUACGUGAUAGUUGGUGGGGGUCUUAGCGGCUGCGCUCUAGCUUCUCGCCUUAGAAGCUCGAAACCUGAUAGCUCUAUUCUAGUUGUCGAGGCUGGCCCGGACCCCGCCCCGGAGCACGAUGUCGUAACGCCUCUGGGAGGGUUCGCUCUACAGGGCAGCGCGCUGGACUGGCAAUUCCCUACCGCCGCCACCCCGUCAACUGCCGGCCGCACGCACACUCUCACGGCCGGAAAGACGCUAGGCGGCGGAAGCAUGCUCAACUACGGCGGAUGGUCCCGCGGCGAUCCCGAGGACUACGAUACGUGGGCGAGGCGGCUAGGUGGAGACGAUCGUUGGAGUUACGCCGGGCUCUUACCUUACUUCAAACGCUCUGAGAGAUUUUUCGAUGCCAACGCCGACAAAGAGGGACAUGGUUUCGAAGGCCCCUUGAAAGUUACCCCGGUCAGUGCGAGUCACGGAGCUAGGAAAUAUCCUCUUCGCAAUCCCAUCGAGCAGGGAUGGAAGGAGCUCGGCGUAGAGAAAAAUCCAGACCCUUUCGUGGGCGGCUUGGCUGGGCUGAGCGAAUAUUACGAGAGCUGGGUAGAUGGGAAAAGGCGACCUGCUCAACUCGCAUACCCGUUAGGUGGUGUCACCGUGAAGACGUCCUGCCCAGCCUUGCAGAUUCUCUUCGAGAAAGGAGGCGCACUGCCAAGAGCAACGGGAGUCAAGCUGGCAAACGGCGAGACAAUCACGGCGAAAAAGGAGAUCGUUUUAUCUGCAGGCUCGCUGCAAACGCCACGCCUCCUACUCCGCUCGGGCGUCGGGGACCCGUCGACCCUAUCUACACACGGGGUCCCCCUAGUCCAGCCCCUCCCCGGCGUAGGCCAGCAAUAUUUCGACCACUUUGCCUUGUUCCAAUGGUUCAAGCUCAAAGACCCCUCUCGCGGACUCGCCGUGGGCCAUCCGAACCUGUCCGAUCCGGCCUUCGUAGCCGGCAUGCCAGCGGACUGGAAUAACAACGAAGGUCCCCCACGCCACGUUUUGGAGAAAGCUCUCGACGAAGAUGGCGUCACCGGGGCCGAGCGCGAAGCCCUGCUCCAGCCAGGGCGCGUUUUUGUGGAGAUACUGGUCGUUUACCACCCGUUAGCGCCCGCGUUCCCUCUCGACGGCAGCAUCGUGUGCACGUCCACCAUGCUCACCCUGCCCAGCAGCCGCGGUCGCGUAUCGUUGGCCCAAGACGUCGAUAGCGCGACCCCGCUCAUCGAGCCCAACUAUUUCACUACGGCGCUCGAUCGCGUUUGUCUCAUCCACGGCGUGAGGCGCGUCCUCAAACUCAUGCUCGGCACGGAAGCUAUGAAAGGCUAUGUGGAGUCGGAGGCGGUGUUUCCAGGUUUGACGGCGCUGACGCCAGAGUCCUCCGACAGCGAGAUCGAGGACAGGAUCAGAGCUGUCGGCGUGGCCCACUUUCACGCUGCGGGGAGCUGCCCCAUGGGCACUGUCGUAGAUGGGGAUCUGAAGGUUAAGGGGGUGCAGGGUCUCAGAAUCUGCGAUGCUAGCAUCUUUCCAGCCCCCGUGGGCGGACACCCAAUGGCGAGUUUGUAUGGUGUUGCGGAACAAGCCGCUGACAUCAUCGCCGCCGAUGCUUAG